AGCGAGCAUGUGUCCUCUCAAUCUGAACAUGUUGUCUCCUUUUCUCUGCAGUGGAGCCAUAAAUCCAGUUGACAUAAUGUCCAGACGCAGAGCAUAUCUCCACCUCUCCAGACCAUACUCAACCUGCUCACUACUCACACAACAGAUCACAGUGUCAUCUGACAUUGCCUGAGCCAACAGCAGGAGCCUCAAGGAGGAAAAGAAAGUCGUAGCCUUCUAAGAAAAAACUUCAACCUUCAGCCAAGAAGCAGAGCUUUGAAAUCCAGAAGUGUUGGCCGGAGGACAGCACGAGUCCCUCCUUCCUCAUUGAGACUCCUCACAAAGAGCUGGAGCCUGCAGAUGCGUCGGGCUUCAAACAGUACAGCUUCAGGAACUUCUUCAUACAGGCCUCCCCCCUCCCUCAGGUGGACCCUCGAAGGUGUUGACAUGUAUGACCACAAGAGCUAUCUGCAGAGACAGCCCAAGAUGAGGGCCAUCCUGCUGGACUGGCUCUUUGAGGUGAGCGAGUUCCACAACCUCCACCAGCAUACCACCUACCUCGCGCAGGACUACUUUGACCGCUUCAUGCUAACUCAGGAGAACAUCAGCAAGGAAUAUCUGCAGCUCAUAGGAAUCUCUGCACUCUUCAUUGCCUCCAAGAUCAAGGAGAUCUACCCUCCCAAAAUCUCAGAGUUUGCUUAUAUCACAGAUGGCGCCUGCGACUUGUGGGACAUCCAGUGCACCGAGCUUCACAUCCUGAAGGCAUUGGACUGGAACCUGUAUCCGGAGACGCCCAUCUCCUAGCUGAAGCUUUACGCUCAGGUAGACGCCCAAAGAGACGGCGAGAACUUCUCGGUGCCGCAGUUCUCCCAGGAGUCCCCGUCUAACAGAGAUUUAUAAUGUUUGAGUUUUAUGCCUUGAAAUUUGUGGAUCAUGUGCCUUCCAGGUUGAAAUAUUGUAAAGACAAUGCACCGAUGAACAACUUAAACUGUCUUUUUACGUCCACUGUCUGCAGUGGACAUAAAAAGUAAACACACAAACCGACUAUGCACCACUCAGAAGAAUCUUCUUCUCUCACCGCCUCUUCAUCAUUUCUACCUUCACAAACCAGACAGAAUGAUGUAGCAAAACCUCUUAUCUCCUGUGUUUGUUUUGAAUGUGUGAAGAAUGUUCUGUGGCUUUUAUUUUAUUUUAUCCACUGUUGAAUAAGUUGCCUUUUUUGUGUAGUUUACUGGAAUAGUGAAUGCAGCAUUUUGUCAAAAUAAAAGUCUAGUAAUUGUUGGGUUAACUUUUUAUUUAUCAAGAUAAACGUUUCUCUUUCUGUGUUUUUUGGAUGAAUGGCAGAUUUUUGUUGUUCUGAUGCUCAGAAAAUUAUAAACAGGGUUAUCUGUUUUCAAACUGUAAUAGCUGGUAUGUGUGAUCUCCUGUUAGCUGAAAAUAAAUGUUUUCAUAUGCA